AUCGCCAACAGGUGACGUUUUGCGACACCCACUUUGCACUUUGGACAAGCACGUUAUACUGCCACUUCAGCGCGUUGGUCAAGAAGGGUUGUUGACCCCAAUUAGUAGCAAUCUCUGCUCCCUGACCAACCGCCCGCAUAGCACCUUCCAAUGGCGGACGUAGUCAUAGAGCCGGAUAUUACCGUGGAGUCAAAGCAACUCACGGAGUUAAACGAGCAAAAGGAUGCGCUGCUGUCGAAGGUCGCAACUUUGAAGAAGGAACUUCAGGACUGGCGGGUAAAGCUUGACACGCAAGUAAAGUCAUACAGGACGGAAGUGGGAGAGCUGCGGAAGACACUGAACACCGAGGUGGAGGGGCUACGAGCAGAGUUCAUGGAGCUGAAGACAGCCCUAAAGCAGCAGCUGGAGCUCACGGCAGGCCUUGCAGCGCAGGAGGUGUCUGACGCGGAGGCCCGCCUCAAUCAGCUGUCUUCGCAGCCGUGAGGCAUUUUUGAGGGUUGUGCACCUUGCGAGGGUUCCACACAUUCCAAGGCGUGCUAUGGAACUAGUAUGCGCUAGCCUACACUUGCUAGGGCAAGGAGUCCUAAAGAAGCUACCCAGGGGACACUAAGUGCAGUUGCCGGCCGUUCUAAGGGGUUAUGCCUCGUGCAAUAGGAGGGAUACCGCAAUGCGUUAUAUAGGAGAGUGCUGUUGGGACGUUACGAGGUCAGUCCCAUCACGCGUUCCAUGAGCUAAGCAUGCAUGUCCUGUUCGGUCUUAGUUGGGCAAGGCUCUUACCUCGUUUGCUGUGCGAGGGACGGUCUGCUUGCCUCUGUUAUCGAUCAUGUGUAUAGCUGUUAGCGGUUUUAGCGUUGGGAAGCAUUCCGUAUUAAGGGACACCAAGGAUUGGCGUCCGUGUCAGAUGGGGUUUCCAUGGUAGCUAGUGUUGUGAACGCUCAGCGUAUGUGAUAGAUACGCCCUUUAUUUAAUGAAUUUGCAUUGGCAUACUUAGGUGGAGUAGCUGUGCAGAGCAAUGUGGACCUCGACGAUUGCACCACGACUUGUCCAUGACGCGUACGACAGGCAUGGAUCUACGUGUGGCGCAUAACUGUCGCCGAAUGCCCUCCAAGCAUGCAACAUACUCUCACCUAACAUCUGUAUAGGUCACCGUCUGGUGUAAAUCUGGUAUUUAAUUGCAUUUGGAAGCUAACAUAACUAUGCUUGAGCGCUGCGGUUAGGCACCUGAAGUUACCUGAGUUUCUUGCAUCCGUUGCUGCGUACAAUGCAACAAACACUAAGAUGGACCAAUAGGGCAAGCGCAUCUUUGCAUAAGCAAGCUCUUCGCCAAAGUUAUCUUCACGUCGUCGCACGUGCGACGACGACAACAGGUGGCGCAGCAGGUGGUUCUAGAUUCGGAAACUAUACAACACCCCGAAAUGGAUUCGGUUCAACAAGUAGUGACCCUUCAGCUGCUACAACAUCAGCCAGCACCUCGGCAAGCGGCGACAGCCCAUCCAAGCGGGUGGCUGAGCUGCGCGAGCUUGUGCAAGAAGCGAUACGCGUGACGCUAUCGACUGGCCCACGCGGCUUUUUCCGCGCGGCCCAAGCAGCUCAAUCCAUCGCAGCGCUUGCAGCUGAAUACCUAGCGCAAGGGAGCGUGGACCCGCCGCCCGUGUUCUUGCGGAAGCUUUUUGAGAAGCUGGGCGCCACCUACAUCAAGCUGGGCCAGUUCAUCGCCUCCUCGCCCUCGCUCUUCCCCGACGAGUACGUGUCGGAGUUCCAAAAGUGCCUAGACAAGACGGAGCCCGUGCCCUUCGCAGUCAUAGAGCGCAUCAUAGAACAGGAGCUGGGCGCCCCCUGGUCCUCCGUCUUCUCCUCCCUGGACCCCACCCCCCUGGCCAGUGCCUCCGUGGCGCAGGUGCAUGCGGCCGUGCUGAGGGAGAGCGGAAAGAAGGUUGUCGUCAAGGUGCUGAAGCCGGGUGUUGAGGACGUGCUGUCCACCGACCUCUCCUUCGUCUACCUCACCAGCCGCUUCCUGGAGUGGCUGCAGCCCGAGCUGGCGCGGCUGAGUCUGACGGGCGUGCUGGCGGACAUGCGCGCCAGCAUGAUGGCGGAGGUGGACUUCACGCAGGAGGCCACCCACUACCAGCACUUCGCCAACUUCCUGGACAGCCGGGGCUUCAGGAACGUGGCCACCACUCCCUUCGUCUACCGCCACCUCUCCACGCGCAGGAUCCUGGUUCUGGAGCGGCUCAGCGGCGCCCCCCUCACCGACCUGGCUGCCGUACGCGCCGUCACGGGCGGCUCCCGCGACCCGGAGCUGGUGCUGGUGAACGCACUCAACACCUGGUUCGCGUCGGUGAUGGCGGCGGAGACAUUCCAUGCGGAUGUGCAUGCGGGCAACCUGUUGGUCCUCUCGGACGGCCGAGUGGCCUUCAUUGACUUUGGCAUCGUGGGUCGCAUCAGCCCCGUCACCUGGCGGGCGGUGGAGGCGCUGAUCGGCUCCAUGGCCACAGCGGACUACGAAACCAUGGCUCGCGCGCUGGCCACCAUCGGCGCCUGCUCCGCCCAAGUGGACUUCUCCGCCUUCUCUCGUGACCUUGAGGCCUUCUUCGCGGAGCUGCAACAGCUGGACAGCAGCCUGGUGGUGACGGCUGGCGGCCCGCUGGCGGCCAGGGCAGGAGGGGGAGGAGGAGCACAGGGGCAGAGGGGUGAGAGGGGAAUGGAGCGGAGCGGGAGAGGUCACAUCUUGCGGCACCAUUACCCGGCAGCAUUACCCCUGUGGUCCUCGCGCAGUCCUCCCCCGCAUGGCUGCCCUGGCCUUGUCCCCAACUUGCCUCUCGCAACUCCGACACCCACCACACCCCGACACACUAACCUCGCCCGCUUCCAACCCCUUCCUCCUCCUCCUCCUGCAAUCCUACCGUACUCUUCUAUCCCCUCCGCCCCCUCCGCUGCUCCGCAUCACCCCGCAGUGCGUCCAGGCAGCGCUGGCGGGGGCGGAGGUGGGGGCGGUGCGGGGCUGUCCGCCAGCCUCGAGGUGGACCAGACGCAGCUCAACCGACUGUUCGUGCAGCUGGUGCGGAUCGGGGAGACGCAUGGAGUGAAGUUUCCGAGGGAGUUUGGUCUGUUCCUGAAGCAGAUGCUGUACUUUGACCGCUACACUCGCAUUCUGGCGCCCUCGUUGCAAGUGUUCAAUGACGACCGAAUCCGCACACGAUCCAUCGGGGUGCAAUACGGCGGGAAGUGACACGUGUCGUGUGUGUGAUCUCCACGGGCCGGGUGUGAUAGGCUGUGGCCUCCUCCCUGCUGCUGCUGUUGCUGUUGAUGAUGAUGAUAAUGCAGGGAAUGGAUGCAUACUGAUGCAUACGAGUAUGUAUGUAAUUUAUGAUGGUUAUACAUUUAGCUAUAUAUGUGGUACGAGGGAUGCUACUACUAGAAAUGUUGUGCCCAAACGAAUGUGGUAUCGUGCAUGAUAUAUGCAUAUAUCGGUGUGUGUGUGUGUGUGUGUGUGUGUGUGUGAUGCGGUCUUCCGUUCUCGUUCUGCACAGGUUCAACAUAGUGAUGGUUGCACGCCCGGGGCGGCCUUACUUUGGUACGGUCUCUCCCCCUGUGUUGAAGCGCAUGGGUGUGUCAUGCACAUUAUGGAUAGCCUUAGCAGCAUUACAGCAUUAGCGCUAGCGGCGGGGCCUUGGGCAUUCACCGCACAUCCGGAGGGCAUGCCUUCUCGCAUGCACCCUUGUUGUUGGCCAGUUCGGGGACUGCAUGGAUGCGCCGGGCUUUGGGCAGGGUGUGUGAAAGCAUACAGGCGCCGGUACUUGGACAAAGCGGAGGCAGUGCCACAAUUCGAAUGGAGCAGGAACGUUGGUGCAUUUGCACCCGUACUUUGGCACGGCGAGACUGCUAGUUUGCAUGGCACAGGUGGUCUGGUAGGGUGGCAGGGUACAUGCACAGCGGCGGCGCGGGGUUUGUCCAUAAGCAACUGAGCUGCGUUCCUGUACUGACUGCAGCUACUGCGGACAGAUGCGCGGCUGCUGUGUGGGCGACUGGUGACGACGGGGAGUUAUGUAGUAGUGCA